AUGGUGUCUCUUGCUCGUUUUCUUUGUGAUGCCAUCGCAGCAUCGUCUCGCCCUGCUCAAGGACUGGAUUAUUUAAUCAUGCUUCCCUCGGUCCUCAACGGCGACCUUCCAGGGCAACUAAUAUCGGCUCUCCAGGAGUAUCGCAGAUUCACAGGCGAAGGGGACAGAGAAAGGGCUAACGUCAUUGUCAACGAGGAAAUCGCCCCCAAGCUGAGCGCAGUCACCGGGCCCCUCUAUCGCGAGUUCGUCGAUUUGCUCGUCGACCUCCACAGCCCCGGCAUCGCCGACGAAACACGCCGUGCAGCGGGGAUGGCGGCGGCCAGCGGCUUCAUCUACGGAGUCACGCGGGGGAUCCUGUCGGUUUUCGGGUUCGCAGGAGGCGUCGGCGCGCACGUUUUCUUCACCAGCCCCGUAGCCCUCCUGGGCGAGGAGCGUGCAAGCCCUGGGGCUCUUGUCAUGCAGGUCGCUGUCAAGUCACUGGUGAUGCUUGCUGCAUGCGUGCUGGCGGCAUGGGACUGGAUAAGCUUCCGUCUCGCAUUUGCGUUGAUGACCAAGGUGUUCCUCACCCCGACCGUCUUCUGCGUGGUACUCGUUGCGUGUGCUGGCACGCAUGCAACCACGGGCGUCAUGUUUGCCCUCCACGCCGACCACGGGGGCCCCCUGCCGCAGAGCGAUGUCAACGAGGAGGAGCUUCAGACAUUCCCCUCUGAGCAAGGCUGCAGCGCCUGCACGGCGGACCGCAAGCCCCACAAGCGGACGGCCUCCGCGGAAACGGGGUCUGGCCGGGGCCCAGAGGCCGCUGGGUCAGGCGCCGCCGAACUACGGCGGCUGCUUGUCUGGUGUCGGGCCGGGGCUCCAGCGCUGAGGACCAGCGGAAAAGGGGCAGGCGAGCACCAGAAUCAGAGGAAGCAAGAGGGGACAACGCAAUUGUUUCAUCUUGCACACAUUCGUUGCCCUCGGACGUUGCUGUGUUCUUGCUCGCUGGAGCAUUUAACACGUCUGCGGGACUACACUGUCAAUGCCACGUUUUCCAUAGGUUUUGCUGCGUUUCUCCUCUGA